CGUUCGCAGCGGAGGGCUGCUGUCGGAAAGGCUCCAGAAACGCCCUACAGGAGCUGUACAACCCCACACAGCAGCAGGAAACUGAUUUGGUGUCUUCAACAUGGAGUAACAUCUGCCACUGGCGACAGCAACGAAGUCACUGGUAGUGUGAACACAUCUUAAGUCUAACGGUGUGUGGAAAUUCUGCCAGGAAGCAUGAUAAUAAAAAUGAUGACAAAAUAAAGUUUUUUAAUCUGCUUUAUUUGACUUGUUAGAGCAAGACGAGCUUUAGACAUGUCAAGAAGACGCUGUUUUCUGCACUGCAAAUCCACUUUGCAUGGACUUCAAAAGGAUGAGGACUCAGGAUGGAACUGAUACAGUAAAACCGACAGCAUCGUUACUGUUCGUAUCACUGUUUAUCAAAGUGCUGAGGAAGUUUCCGGAGCUGAAAUUCAGAUAUGGCUGAGUUCUCAGCGGCGGCGGUGUUGCAUCAGGCCCGGCGGGAUCAGGUGGCGGACACGUGUCGUGCCCACAGCGCGUCCAGCCGCAAGCGGCGCGUCCUGACCCCCAGCGACCUCAAGCACCUAGUGGUGGACGAGGAGCACGAGCUCAUCUACUGCUAUGUGCCCAAGGUGGCCUGCACCAACUGGAAGCGGGUCAUGAUGGUGCUGAGCGGUCGGGGGAAGUACAGCGACCCCAUGGAGAUUCCGUCCAACGAGGCCCAUGUCCCCUCCAACCUCAAGACCCUCAACCAGUACAGCAUCCCCGAUAUCAACCACCGGCUCAAGAACUACCUCAAGUUCCUCUUCGUGCGCGAGCCCUUCGAGCGGUUGGUGUCGGCCUACCGCAACAAGUUCACGCUCCGCUACAACACCUCGUUCCACAAACGCUACGGGACAAAGAUCGUGCGGCGGUACCGCAAGAACGCCACAGCCGAGGCGUUGCAGAGCGGCGCCGACGUGAAGUUCCAGGAGUUCGCCGAGUACCUGGUGGACCCGGGCACUCAGAGAGAAGCUCCGCUCAACGAACACUGGCAGACGGUCUACUCGCUCUGCCACCCCUGCCACAUCCACUACGACCUGGUGGGCAAGUAUGAGACUCUGGAGGAGGACGCCAACUACGUGCUCAAGCUGGCAGGGGUGGGCGACUCAUUGCACUUCCCGUCGUACGCCAAAUCCACCCGUACCACCGACCAAAUGGCGGCCAUGUUUUUCAACAACAUCAGCUCCCAGCAGCAAAGCCAACUCUACCAACUCUACAAACUGGACUUUCUUAUGUACAACUACUCUAUUCCCAGCUACCUAAAACUGCAGUAAACACACAUUCGCAGUUGCGCACACGUUCCAAGCUCGUUCAACGAGGUUGAACAUUGGGAGAAUGGCUGUGGCUGAAAGACACAGGCGGGGGAAUCAACCAAGCACCUAAAUGUAAAAUUGUAUUUAUAUCCGCUGGGACGGUUGCUUUAUUUCGAGACAACCAAGGAGCUGUCGGUCAACUGCAAGAGCGUGGACCACUCGAAAGUGGUCUUUUGAGACUGAAGUCCUGAUGUAGUUGCCUAUUGAAUUGUACAUUAUCAGUGUAAAGGCUCCUGUUCCCAAACAUCAAAAGCAAUAUGACAGAUUCUGAGCUGUACCUGCUCAACUGGUUUAUCUAUUAAUAUACUCAGCCAGCCAUCGCCAUUAUCGAAGCUUCACAGAAAGGAGCGCCUAGACUAAUAAUAAGACUUGAAAAACAAUCAGACUUCAGUUCCCCACUUCUAAUUUCUUGUUCUCUUUGGAAGUUCCCUCGCUUCUCUCCCAUACUCAGACGGCCUUUGUGUGUGUGUAUUUAUACGGUGCAUAUUUGAAAAUGCACGCUAAAAUAAGAAUGACAAAAAAAAAAGAGGCAUUGAAUGAUGCCUUCCUGAAGGGGCGUGUCCAUUUGUGAGUGACCGGCAUGGGCUCCGCCCACUGGGUCAGUCAGGGAGCAUCUGUAGCAGUCGGGAGGUCAGAGGUCACUGCGGGUUGGCCUCAAGCACACUGUUCCCACAACCCCUCCUCCCUUGGUUGGUCUUGGGUAAAUUUAAGGAUUUUGGGUGUUUUGUUUUAUUUUGUAUUUGUUUAUAAUGGGAAAAGUUGCUGCGAGCAGCACGUUAUAAUGUUAUUUGAAUUACUGUGUGAAAUGGGAGAUGGGAAAGACUUAAUUUUUUGUUUCCAGGAAAGGAAAUCAGCUUAGCGCUAGAGGUUUAAUUGUUAUAAUUUGUUCAUAUUUCUUGCCUCAUAUGCAGAACACAGUUGCUGGGAUACCUCGCUGGUUUUUUAUGACUGGUGUACGGAAACGGGCAGGACUUUGUUUUCUGAGCUGUUCUCAUGGGAAAGUUUCACACAGUUGUGUGCAUUUGAGAGAGAGAGAGAAAGAGAGAAAACGCAGGCAAAUCUGUUCCAUCCAUUAGAUGAUUUAAACGUCUUUCCCAAUUUCAGAAGUUUAAAGGAACACCCUUUAAUUUAGCAAGCUGUCUUUUAUGACCAUGAUUUGCUUUGACUAUGCACGAAAAUUAUAAAAAUUGCUUAUUUAUGUGCGCGAUGGCCACAAGUGGGUGUGUCCAAGUGCUUUAUCUCAAUGUCUUUGUCUGUACCAAAUCUUGACUCUGGCAAAGGUAACGGCUAAUGGCUUCUUUCAGCUUUCUCUCUCCCACAUCUCUCUGCUUUUUAGGAAAAGUCCUGGGUUUAUUUGGCCUGAAUAAGUAAGUUCUGAUUAGCAGGAUUUCAAGUCCUGUCUUUAAUGAAGACCACACACACACUUGUGGCAGCCCCUUAUUGAUGCAGAGUGUGUAACAUGGCAAACAAAGCAAUUGAGAAGAAAAUAUCUGUCAAAGCCAAGCCAUGUUAUCAGUAGGGGAGUAACGAUACACAAAACUGACGGUUCGGUACGUACAGCAGGGGGAGAAAACUAAACAAAUUUUUUUUUUUAAAUUAAACAGUAGUUUACUGAACAAAUUGUGUCUCUGUCUUUAAAUGAAUUCAAUUAUAAUUAAAAGUUUCUUAAGGGUAUAAAAAUGAUCUCUGGUAAUGCUGUAAACUAUAUAGGGAGCCCUUACUUGAACAUUACUAAAGGUUCAGAGCCCAAACUAUUAAUCUAAAUUCAGUAGCUAUUUAUUUUUAGAUAUAAUAAUUAACACUCAAAUAACAAACUGUUUGCAAACUUGUAAACUGCACAUAAGACAGUUUUUGCAUUAACUUCUAAGUCUAAUUAUAAAAUUGUUUUUACUCCAAUUCAUUGUUGAAAUAUAAUCAUUUACACAGUGGCUGAUUUAUUUAAACAUACAUCAAAUAAUCAAGACAUCACUAACAAGUUAAAUAGAAUAUAAUGAACAUAUAUAGGCUAAUAUAGUGCAUAUAUUUAGCGAAAGAGUUCAUUUCUCUGGCGAACUAACAAGCUGUGGACUCCCUGAGGUAAAUGCUACGUGACACAAGCUGUGUUUACAAGCUGUUUUAUUUACAACUUUCCGCCGCUGAGACACUGAUUGAGCGAUUACACGAGAUAUGAUACGUUUCAGUAAUUUGUAGUGUAUCUUUCAACAUACCUUCAGAUGUUCAUUCAUGUUUAUUCUGUAACUUGUAUUAAAGAGGAAGAGAUGAUCGUGUUCACUCGCGCCUGAAAUGAGGCGCCUGUACAGUGAUCUGUCACGCCACAUUAAAGAGUGUCAAAACGACAUUUUUUGUUUGAAUUUCGUAACAAAAUGGACAGAAUUUGAAAGAUGACACUUUGUUUCUGAUCAAAAGUAAAAAAAAACACGGAGCUUACACGGGGCUAAAAUGCUGGAUUCGUCGCGUAGAUCCAGUGGGCCAGGGCUGGGCGGGGCAGCAGGGGGUACGCGGUACGUACCAUGGGUGGUGUAUCGCAUUUUUUCGGUUCGGUUUGAAUAUCGUUACACCCCUAGUUAUCAGCUUCUAUCUCUUUCUCCCUCUUCUUCACUCUGUUUCUGCUGCUAUUGCUUUAUCACGCUGCUUUUCCUAAAUCUUAUCCCAACUCAAAAAAGAAAAAAAAAGCUCAUCUUGCAGAAACCAGUAAAACCGUUCAUGGAUUUGUCAGUCAUAAUUACAAAACUCAUUUCUUUUUACCGAGUUGUCAUCUAGUAAUUAUGGUAACUGAUUGGCUGUUUAGGACAAAAACUCAGAUUAACAUGCAGGAGAUUCCAGUAGAUAAAUUUAGCAUAUUAUCCUUAACAAAAGACACACAAAACCUUUGCCUAGUUGUUCUUAGAAGGCCUGAAAAAUCUCUUCUAUCUUCAUCAGAACAGGAAACGAAUCUGAAGCGAAAGCUUUUUUAAUCAUCAGUUCAGAAAACAAAGUGUGCCUGAAUGGUUUCGCCGUUUUUCAAAACUGUUUAUUUCAUUUGUUCUGUAACAACAAACACGGUACAGCCUCAUUAGCGCCCACACGACAGCCACGCUAAUACACGCAUUAGCGCCCACAUUAGCAGGCACAGUGCCUUUCAAACUGCCACUCUAUCACAUGUAAUACAGCACACUCUCAUUGCAUGCAACUGCAUUUUUAGAAAUAAAAAAAACAUGAUUUGCUUUAUGAUUCAUGCUUCCAGCUGAGGACAUUCCCAGAUGGAGGUUUUACCAUAUUUAGCUAAGUUUUCACACUUAGGUAGGCUACAGAACAGCUAGGCUCACCAUCCACAGACGCUCACAUGGCUUACCCGUUGCUCUAUGUGCCUGUUUAAUAAUCAAUGUAUACAUUGGUUCAAUGUCGCCGUAUUGGUUUUCAGUGAGCAUCCGCUCACUUUCUUCUCAAACAUUCUCAAACCAUUCGCAGUCUAAUUUAUUUAUUUAUUCCUCCUCUGUAUUCAGGAUGGACUCUGCCGGGUCACGGGUCGGACCCUCGCACUGUAAAUGGGAAAAAUACAAACCAAGUGAACUGUCAGAUCAAUGCACUCCCUGGAGAACGCGCUCAUACACUCUCUCUAUCACUUUCUCUCUCCUGUUUUCUCAAUAAAGCUGAAACUGAAACCCUUA